CGUCUUUUAUAAAUCCAUAAAGUUGGCCUUAAUCGAUUUUUUUGUGCAAGUUGAGGGGGCAAAAUGAAGUUGAAAAUUUAAUUGCUGCGCAACUGAAGUGCUGUGCGUUUUGGCGAGAACGAGUCUGUCCUCAUCGCCGAUUCACCAUCACUGGUAAUUAAGCUCUCACUGUUGGUUUUCCGAUCCGUUUUUAUAAUCCUCUUCAAAUUUCAUCCAUAAACCCAAAAUCAUUAAACCCCAAUCAGAAACCCGCCGUCGCACCAAUCAAAAUGCUAGGCGGAUUAUACGGAGACUUACCGCCGCCGUCCUCAGCGGAGGACGAAAAACCUGUCACAGCCACCAACUCGUGGUCAACAAGCACCUUAAUGGCUCCACCAACACUCCGUAAACCAUCAACAGCAGCAUCACUAACACCACAAACAAUUUUAAAAUCACAAACCAGAACAAAACCGCCGCCUCCACGACCAAAAACCCUAAUUUCACCGGCUCCGAUUAUUCCAUCCAUUUCCCCAGAUCGACCGGUUCAACCACCGGCUCCUGCCGGAAUGAACUCGGUAGUAAUGGACGAGUACGAUCCGGCUAGACCUAAUGAUUACGAGGAUUAUAAACGAGAGAAAAAACGUAAAGCUGUAGAAGCAGAGAGAAUGAGAGAGUUAGAGAGGAGGAGAAUUGAAGAAGAAGAGAGGGAAAAAGAAAAGGAAAAAGAAAAAGAAAAAGAUAGGGAUAGAGUUAGGGAUAGAGAAAUUUUAGAUAGGAAUAUUUCCGGUGAGGAAGCGUGGCGAAGACGGGCUGCGAUGAGUAGUAGUAGUGGUGGUUCUGUUGCCCCUAGAUCGCCGUCUCCGCCACGUGGCGGAAAUGGUAGUGGUAAUGGUAAUGGUGAUGGGGGUGGGGGUGGUUUUAGCAUUGGGAAGUCAGAGAGCGGGGGGUUAGGAGUUGGAGCUGGAGGACAGAUGACUGCCGCACAACGUAUGAUGGCGAAAAUGGGGUGGAAGGAAGGACAAGGACUUGGGAAACAGGAACAAGGGAUUACUACGCCUUUGAUGGCGAAGAAGACCGAUAGGAGAGCUGGUGUUAUAGUUAAUGCUACUGAGACUAAGCAAGAGAAGAAGGUUAAGAGUGUUAACUUCAAUGGGACGCCUACCAGGGUUUUGUUGCUUCGGAAUAUGGUGGGUCCUGGUGAGGUAGAUGAUGAAUUAGAAGACGAGGUUGCAUCUGAGUGUGCAAAAUACGGAACAGUUACUCGAGUAAUGAUAUUUGAGAUAACAGAGCCAGAUUUCCCCAGAAUCGAGGCAGUCAGAAUUUUUAUACAGUUCGAGAGGUCAGAAGAAACAACGAAAGCACUGGUCGAUCUUGAUGGUCGGUUCUUCGGAGGAAACGUGGUUCGUGCAACAUUCUUUGAUGAAGAGAAGUUCAGUAGGAACGAAUUGGCCCCUAUACCGGGUGAAAUUCCAGGCUUUUGACGGCUACUUUAAUAGUUUUCUUAGUUCAGUAAUGAUCAUUAACAACCUUUGGUGGUCACUUGUUGAUUCAAUGAGUAAGCUGUGUUGUAAGUAGAUUCAAGUUUGGUUGGAGUGAGAAACUGUGCUCCCUAGCUGUAUGAACAAGUACAUGUAUGAUUGAAUAGUUGCAAUUAUAUGAACACGACAAUUUUUUUUC